AUGUCAACAAGCGUUAAAACAGAAUUAAUUUAUGAGGAACAACCAUAUUCAGAAGUUGAAAAUGAUGUAGACGAAAAACGACUUGUAGCACUCUAUCAAAUAGAUACCAUAAAUUUUAGUUGGUUUCAUAUUCGAACAUGUAUAGUAGCCGGUAUUGGAUUUUUCACGGAUGCAUACGACUUAUUUGUAAUAAAUUUAGUUUCAACAAUGUUGGGCGUCACUUAUUUUAGUAAUGGAACAAAUCACUCAGUUCCAUCCACAAUAGAUUUAGGAUUAAAAGUCUCAGCGGCUGUCGGGACUUUGUUUGGUCAAUUAAUUUUUGGUGUCUUGGCUGAUCGAUACGGACGAAAACAGGCAUGUCCUUUAUCGGGAACUUCGUACACUAUAUCUGUUCAUGGAUCAAUUACUAUUUGGAGAUUUUUUCUUGGGAUAGGAAUAGGAGGAGAUUAUCCAAUGUCAGCUGUAAUAACAAGUGAGUUUGCAACUACUGCUAGACGAGGGGCAAUGAUGGCAGCCGUAUUUGCAAUGCAAGGCUUUGGAAUUCUAUCAGCAGGAGUUUUUUCAGUCCUAAUACUAUCAAUUUACAAAACAUCAAUACAAGAUGAUAAACAGAAUGUAGAUUAUGUAUGGCGUAUAGUUACUAUAAUCGGUAUUAUCCCUGCAUUUAUUGGACUAUAUUUUCGUCUGACGAUUCCGGAAUCACCACGUUACACGAUGGAUAUUGAAGGAAAUAUUGGAAGAGCAGCAAACGAUAUUCAAUUCGUCACAAGAAAAUCUUCCAUCGUCGAAGAGUAUCAAGACGAUCCGAGACUGUUCGCGAAACCUCCGCCCCAUAAUUGGGAAAACUUUAAAGCGUAUUUUGGACAAUGGAAAAACGCAAAAGUUUUAAUUGGGACAAGCGUGUCUUGGUUUGUGUUGGAUAUUGCAUUUUAUGGAAUCGGAUUGAACAAUGGCAUUAUUUUAAAUGCAAUCGGAUUUGCCACCAGUGAUGAUCCAUUUAAGAUACUAUGGAACGUGGCUGUUGGAAAUAUCAUAAUUACUAUGCUUGGUACUGUGCCUGGAUAUUGGUUCACUGUAUUCUUAAUUGACACCUUGGGAAGAAAAUUUAUCCAGUUAAUGGGUUUUGCGAUUUUGACGGUUAUAUUUAUUGUGCUUGGAUUUGGAUAUAAUGUAUUGAAGGAACAAUCGCCGACGUUUUUCAUCAUAUUAUUUUCGGCGGCGCAGUUUUUUCAAAAUUUCGGACCAAAUUCAACAACAUUUAUAGUUCCCGGAGAAGUAUUUCCGACUCGUUAUCGAUCAACGGGCCAUGGUAUCGCUGCGGCAUCGGGAAAAUUUGGAGCAAUUAUCGGGCAAGUUGGGUUCUUAAAACUCAAAGAUCGGGGCGGACCAAAUAAGUGGGUUGAUCGGCUCAUACUAAUAUUCGCGGCAUUCAUGUUUACCGGAUUUCUUUUCACAUUCUUAAUCCCGGAAACGAAGGGAAAAACACUCGAAGAAUUAUCGAAUGAAGAACAAAAAAAUUUCUUGAAGGGUAAAAAGCGAAAAGACGAAAGCGAGGAAGAGCAUAAUGAAGUAAUAAUGAUGUAUAAACCGCGACAAAUGAAAAAACAUUAUGAGCACGAUGACGAUGACUAUGAAAAUGAAAAUAAUCGUAAUCAUCACAAGACUGCUAUUGUAGAGAAAUCGCCAGUAUCCACCAAUACGACGGAAACUCACGUCACAGAAGAACAACGGACUUCGAAUCUGAAAUCUCGAAAUUACAACAACAAACCUCCGAUUUCAACAAAACUUCACAUUUUAACGGAUUAA